UGUGACUCGCGAGAAUCGGGCGCUGUUCUCUUUCGCUCGCGACGAGAAACCGCACUUUCCGACCGACACCAUUCAUAAUUCAAAAACACGUCCGACCUUCUCUUAUUCGUUUGUGAAAUAAUCGUUGUCGCAGACUUGGCGAAUAAGCGUUUUUGCAUUCGUGUUUUUUGAUAUUUUUAAGUGUUUUAUUUGAUUAGGGUGUUUUUUUUUUUUUUUUUUGGAAAAAUUGACCCAUGAAGUUUAAAAUUUGGCAGUUUUUUCAAUACAAAAGUUUUUCGAUUGUUCCCCGAUCGCUGCUUCGCACGUUUUCGAACUCGGAUUUAUGAAAUUUCGAUUAAUGACUCUCAUCCGGAAGCACCGAGUCAAAGGAAUAAUAUCUUUGGUUGAUUCGCCAUCGAAAAAUAAUAUAAUAAGCAUAUACCGCGAGUGAUUUACCACGUGAAAGACGUUAACGAAUGUGAUAUAAUCUUCUUUCGUAAUCGCACAAAUGAAUAAACGCUCAAACACCAACGGCUCUUCUUCGUUCUCUUGAAGUACGUUCUAAAAAUGUUUCUUUCAUCGUUCCGCGGGACUUUGAGAACUCGCGCGAAAAAUUAUCCCUCGGACGAGAAUCUCUCACCUCGUUCCUCAUGUUAUAUACUUUCGAGGAGAUGCUGAAGACUCCAAACGAUCGUUGGACACGAGUUUAAAAGCUAAAUUGAAAGCAAUGCUUUCCUUCAAAGCGUUGUUUGCUUUUCGUCCUACGAUUUAUCUUUGAUCUUCGCCUUCUUCAACUUUUCUACUCUCGUUCCUCGCUUCUUUCUCUCAGUAUAUUCUCGGCGGGAGGAAAAAAUCUGCAGAUUUAUUUUUGCCUCGUUUGAGAAUCAACGAAAAUGUUGCACGAUGAGUUUGAGAUGGAGAAUCAGGGCUACGAGGAAGAGGCAUUAACGAGCUCAUCGCAUAAUCCGACACGAGUGAAUCCGGACGAGUUUUCGAGUAUCGACAGAGGCGAAUUGUCGGGGAUCAAUAGAUCGAAAAUUCGUUUGGUUUUGGGGGGAGAUAAAUUGAGAAAUGAGCCGGAAGCGCACGUUUACGAGGACAUUGGAUUAUCACCGGAUACGAGGGAGGAAGACACGCCCGAAAUGGAGAGAAUGAAAAACUGUGAAAUCGAGGAUAGAAAUGCUCGAAACUUGUCGAGUCUCGAGGCCGAUUGCAACGGGGAAAAGAAGAAAAAUUUUCAUCGCAAUUUAACGCUUCCGUUGAAACGUACGAUCGGUUGUGAAAACAGUGAUUAUGAUAAUCGGUAUUCGGUCAGAGUGACGAAUCGCGAAAGAACGAGAUUCACGAGGAAAAAUGAGAAGAAUGAUUCAGUCCACGAUUCCUCGGGAGUUACGGAUGAAAAACAUUAUUUUCAUCGUCAUCAAGAAGAGGACGAGGACGAGGACGAAUUGCCUCGAGCGAUUAAUCACGUGGUUGACAAACCCGGUCGCAGAAGACGAAAGAAAGAUUGCAAACACUGCAAAAGUAAAGCAAAUGCAAUUUCACUGUUUCGUGAGGAUUUUUCGGGCCCCGAGAACCCCAAAAAUCCCCUCGAAUCUUCCCCCGUGUUUUCCUCGCCCUCCCAAUUGAUAAAUUCCAAUUAUUUCAUCAACGAAACCCCGGAGAAAACGAGACUCGGUAUCCAACCUAUUUUCCCUAGUAAUCAUCAAAAAUUACCAGCUUUUCAUUCCCCCGAUUUCUCCCCUCGGCUAUCAGACCCGAGAAAAAAUAGCAUUUUUUCCAUUUCCAAUAACGUCAACUCCUCCCUUAUCACCGGAUCACCCAAACCUUUGAAUUAUGACAAAAAUGAAACUGAACUCAGACUCACCCCUGUCGAACUCAACGACGAUCGAGCACUCAUCACACCCAUGAAAAAUCGUAAUGGCAUGAAAGUCAACUCGAUUUACUCGCAGGAACAUUGGCGCGCCAAGGAUUCAUCGAUCUUCGUUACUGACGUCAAAGAACAAACCUUCCAGAGGGCUUAUUCCCUGCCGACGAGAACGCACACACCGACCUCGCAAAAUCGGGUGAAUUUACGAAGAAGCGUUCGGGGCGAACCGCCCCCGCAUCCGGCACGACUUCGAAAAAAUCGUCACGGAUGGACCUUGCAUUUUGCACGACCGCUGGACGGUACGGGAUGCACCAGAUCGAUCGUUCUUCUCCUCAUAACGAUUCUCGCUCUGCUGGGAAUCGGUGGAAUCGCCCUUUACAUCGUAUUCGAGCCAGAAAAACUUCAGGUUAUUCAACAGUACCUAAGAUCUUCGACUCCAAACGCAACGACGACAUUGAACUCGAGUUCACUCCCGGAUCCCCUCGAUCUCCAGACGAAUAUCGAAAUCACGACUUUUUCAACGUCGAUUUUAACUUCGACCGAAAAUAUUCCCAUGAUCGCACAAGAAACAACUUUUACCACGGAAACUGAAACGGAAAUAUCGCUCACGAGCACUGAAAUCGUAGUCGAUCCCAACGUAACUCGCCAUUGCGACGACUGCUACGAUAACGAGGUUUGCGUUGCUCUUGUCGACGAGGAAGUUCCCAUUUGUCGGACAGGACCCGAUCCUGCGGAUCCAACUGGAUGCAGUGGGCUCUGUCUCAUCAACAAACAAAAGUGCCAUCGCCUCGAUUUCGAUGCUUUUAGAUGCGUCGAGGUCGAACAUUAUUGUCUGGAUGACGAAUGGACGUGUGCCAAUACCCUUUGUAUCCCUCUGGUCAAGCACUGCGACGGACAUAUGAACUGUUACGAUCAUUCGGACGAGUACGAUUGUGAUUGCGAUCUUCAAACCCAUUUUCAAUGUGGCAACGAAACUUCUUGUCUUCCUGUUGAAAGGCGAUGCGAUGGAAAAAUCGACUGCUGGGAUGCGAGUGACGAAAUAAAUUGCACACUCGGUCAAGACUUUGGUUGGUCCUGCCCAUCGAACACCGAAUUCACGUGCAGUAAUGGCGAGUGCAUUCUCAAAACUCGCUUCUGCGAUGGCUUACGAGAUUGCACCGACGGAUCUGAUGAACCUCAUGGCUGUCAAGGACGAUGCAAUAAACAGGAGUUCUCGUGCCUUAACGGUAGAUGCAUUACGAAGGCAAUGAAGUGCAACGGAAUCGACGAUUGCGGAGACGAAAGUGAUGAGCAGCAUUGCAGAGACCGAAUUUUUAAAAAAUUAACGACGUAAUUACGCCACGAAAGAGAUAAAUAAAUAAAUAAAAGUAUUAACGUAGUUGUGGAAUGGAAUGCGACUGCGUAAAGAAAAUAUAAACCCCGAAAAUCGGGAAUAGGGAGGAAUGCAAAUAAUUGUAUAGAAACAUUUAUAUCGUGUAAAUUAGAUAGGCUAUACAAUAAUGAAUAAAUGUAAGUAUCCAUGUGAAUUA